UCUGCAGAGACUUUGAGAGAGAGAGAGAGAGAGAGAGAGAAUCAUUCGAACUAUUGGAGAUAUUUUCUCUCGUUUUCUGCGGCUGGGAACGGAAACAGACUUCCUCAACUGAGGCGGUUUUUGCUGCUGGUAUCAAAUACUCCUACAAUCAUCUGGAUCGUGUAAUUCUCCUCCACCAAGAUAUAGCUGUCCUCACAAGAUACUACUAGUAUAUUUAGCAGAAAGUUUGGGAGGGGGGUUUGAUGCUGCUGUUACAUGUGCUCUGAAACCUGUUGAGAUUACCGGAUUAGGGUUUGCUUGAUUCGUCUGCCGCGUUUGUGUGCUGUGUGGGUUUCUGGACGAUUGUGGGUUAUGGAAAAUGGGUGAAGGUGGAGAGAGCAUUGGAGGAGGGAUGAAGGUGGAGGAGGAGAGAGAGAAGGAGAGUUCAUCAUUAGUGCUUCCUCGGAGGUUUCUGAGGGUUUUGUUGGUCGAAUCUGACGAUUCCACCCGCCAGAUUAUCGCCGCUCUUCUUCGGAAAUGCAGUUACAGAGUUGAUGCUGUUCCUGAUGGCUUAAAGGCUUGGGAGACACUAAAGGAGGGACCAAACAACAUUGAUCUUAUAUUAACUGAAGUGGAGUUGCCAUCGAUAUCUGGAUAUGCACUUCUUACCUUGAUCACAGAGCAUGACGCUUGCAAAAAUAUUCCUGUGAUAAUGAUGUCCUCCCAGGAUUCAGUCAGUGUUGUGUUGAAAUGCAUGUUAAAAGGUGCUGCUGACUUUCUUAUUAAACCUCUGAGGAAGAAUGAACUAAGGAACCUUUGGCAGCAUGUUUGGAGACGGCAAAUUAAAAAAUGGCAGCAGACCAAAGGGUAUGUUCCUGUAAAUGCUGUGUCUGAACAAGAGAAAGUCAAAGUCACUUCUGAAAACAGCACAGCGAGCAAUCACUCAAGUGAUUCUCUCGAUUCUACACCAAAAAAGGACUGUGGCAAGAAAGGCAGUGAUGCACAAAGCUCUUGUACGCCUUGCUUGGAAGCCAAGAGUGCAAACAUGCAAAAUAUGCAGGGUUUAUCGCAUCUUAAAUGGGGGAGUAGCUAUAAAAGGUUCAAUACAGAAGAGCAUGAAGACCGUAUGCUUUUGGAUGAGAAAUCACUUAUACCCAAGACUGGAAUCGGAAGAAAAUCAAUUGGAAUGGAACUGGAAAGUGCUUCCUGCAACGAACCCUAUAGUUCAACUGUGUCCAUGGACGACCUUGUUUGUGGUAGAGCCAUGACUGGGGAUGCAGACUUUGACCCAGAAAGUAAUGAAGGACAUGCUAGUAAGAACAUUGAGGUUCAUUUCCUUGCUACCAAUAUGAGUGAACCUUCAAUUGGAGCCCUAGACUUGAUUGGCAAAUUUGAACAGCACCCAGAGAACACUUAUGGAAACUUGAGUGCCAAUGACAAUACGAGCAGGUUCAGUUUUGCUCCCGAUUUGGAACUUUCUUUAAGGAGAUUUCAUCAAAGUUACCCAAAAACUGAAGCUACCGACGAAGGGCAUACUUUAAACCACUCUAACGCCUCUGCCUUUUCAUGGUAUAAUGACGGUAAGGCAUCAAGACCACUUCUUCCAGCAUCACCCAGUGAUUGCUCUGAACUGAAGGAGGCUGCAUCUAGUUUUUACAAGGAACUAAAUCAUUUCGCCCAGAACAAAGUUGGUAUCCAACCACAUGGUGCUGUAUCAGAUAGUCAGGAGAAUAAUAUGUCCAGCCUGUUCUCUGGUCAAUCUGGACACUCUGAAACUGCAUUCGUAGGUCAUCAGCUUGGGCAUGUUCCUGUCCCUGGAGUAAAAUUUGACAGCUUCUUUUCUGGUUAUGGUCAGAUAUUUCCACCUAUCAUGUACACACAGUCAGAUUUCCCUCCAUUGUGGAAUGCCAAAGACCAGUGCGAGCAGUCCCCCUUCCUGAUGAGUUCCUCAGCUCAUUCCAGUUCUGAAAUUCAUAAUUCAGACCAAUGUAACAUUCCAUAUGAGAAAACUACUAACCAUUCUACUGGGAAUACUGUACGAGAGGAGGAUAACAAUUUCGAAUCUGUGCUGAGAGAUGGUUCUGCCACCCCUGGACUGAGUUGUAUUAGUACUUUAUGUGACUGUAGUGAUGGUAACAAGCUUGAGAGUGGUGCUUCUGAAAAUAAGUGCGAUGGAUGUGAUGGUGAUGCCAUUCAACCCGCUUCAUUUGUCAGAACGAGGGUAUCUGAGAUUGUGAUUGAUACUGGGUUAGGAAGGAAAGAUUCUCAUUGCCCCAGUCAAAGGGAAGCAGCUCUAUUAAAAUUCAGAUUGAAACGAAAAGAUCGUUGCUAUGACAAAAAGGUUCGGUACCAGAGCAGGAAAAGACUUGCGGAACAGCGUCCACGAGUGAAAGGACAGUUUGUUCGUCAAGUGCAAAACGAACAGUCCACACCCUGAAUCCUGAUCCACUGACUCUCACCCCCGUGUUUUUGUUGAUUCUUGACUGCUUCAUUCCAUGAGACAUGGCCAAAAUCUUCCCUGGGUAUGGUAUGUAUAUGUUGUACACUAACAUUAGUUGUUAAUAGAAAAUGAGUGUAUUGUGGUUAAGUGCUGACAUUUGGAGUGGAAGUUUUGACAUAGGUUAUAGGGUUGUACUGGAUGUUUGUCUAGCAUUCAGUUAGGAGGUAGGUAGUGUGUUUGUCAUGUUUCACUAGUUGUGUGAGAACUAAGCCUAGUGCACUUAGUUAGGAAAGUUAUUGUACUUAUUUUAAUUUUAUACGUUUGUAGUUCAUUGGAGGUGCUCUGCAGUCUGCAGACCCCAAACCCAAAUGGUUUGUAUCAGCAUAUGUAAUCUUUGUUUA